GUCCAGUCUGAAGCGAAUCAGCUCUGUUCGCAACUCUCCUGCUCUCCUCUCCGCCAGCCCCAGAGUGACCGGGAUUCGCACGCAGCCCCCGCUCAGACUGGACGCAUGCAACACGGUGGUCUGUCUGUCUGUCUGUCUGUCUGUCUGUCUGUCUGUCCUGUUUACUCUCUGCCUCCAGGGCACUUGAGAACGCACCCGGGGUUUCUCAUGACUCACGACAACUGCCUGAAAAAAUCAGUUCAUGCUGGAAAUUUCCCUCACCGCACUCUUUACCUUGGUAGUCAUUGAGGAGCAAGAUACUUUUUUGGAGGAAGUAGAUGUGGUUCAUUGCACGCAGUGACUGAGAUCAGAGAGAAACAGUGAGGGAAAGAGAGAGAGAGAGUGAGCGUGAGAGAGUGAGAGAGCGAGAGAGAGAGAGAGAGAGAGAGAGAGAGAUAGGCAGAGAGAGUGAACGCUUCACAGGAAGAAUGCAAGGCUGGGAGGCACCACACAGUGGACUGACUUCAGCCUGGAGAGGAAUGUGCCGCACUUGGGAGCGGGAAGACUGGAGUACCGGGAUGAGAUAGUUCCAGUGCGAUCUCCGGGGGCAUCGGCAGAUCCUUAUCUUUCCCUUCCUUUUCUCCCUCCCAUCACGGACACACUAUGUGGAUGCUCGUUCUGUUCCUAAGGAUUCUCAGCAUUACCUGUGUCUGUGGAUAUGAAUAUGUGGAUUACUAUCCAGGCAGGGAAGAAACAGAGCCUACAGUUACUAGUACUACAGUUGAGGACUUAACACUUGGGGUAUCCAGCUUGGAUGAGUUGAUAGAGGUUCUGUAUCCAGCAUACAGUUUGAUGCAGCGCUGCUUGCAGAGGAGAUCGGAGCCCACAGAAUCUCCCCAAUACACAGAUGAAGACAUGUGGAGGGCGCCCCGACAACUGGCGCUGUUCAAGGACGAUGGCACCUUUGACGUCCUUUUGGAGGAGAUCCAGCGAACAAUAUGCCGUCCACGAGAGGUGUGCCUGGAAGUGUCUAAGGAAUUUCCGGACAGCACCAGUCGGUUUUACCUUCCCCGGUGCGUGGCCGUCCAUCGAUGCGGAGGGUGUUGCCCCAGUGAGGCCUACCACUGCACCAACACCAGUUACUCACUGGUAAACAAAACACUCAUGGAGUUGACCCUGACGGCGGAGCGGACCGUGGUCAUGGUGCCCGUAGUGAACCACACCUCCUGUGAAUGUCUGCCAAAGAGGCCGAGACACUCAAUCAUCAGGAGGUCUCUUGAUGAGCAGCCAACACUGUGUCCCCAGCCGGACGAGGCCUGCAGCGCUGGCUUUGUGUGGGACGAGCUGGGCUGCAAGUGUGUUCCAGCGGAUCUACUGUCCUUGUCAGAACAAGAGCUGGAGCCUGGGGACUCCGCCCUGCUGGAGCUGUGCGGGCCAAAUAAACGGCUGGACGAGGAGAGCUGCGACUGCGUGUGCCAGAACGGGCUGACCGCCGCCAGCUGCGGCCCUGGGUGGCGGCUGGACGAGGACGCCUGCGAGUGCGCGUGCGAGCUCCCGCCGGGCCCCGAGACGCCCUCCUGCCCACCCAACCGGCGCUGGGACCCUGAGCGCUGCGGCUGCUCCUGCCAGGUCCAGUGCCCCGCCAGCCAGCCGCUGGACCCCGAGACGUGCCUCUGCCAGUGCAAGGAGAGCGAGCAGACCUGCAUGCUGCAGGGCAAAAGGUUCAAAGCCGACAACUGCAGCUGUUAUCGGCUGCCAUGCAAAGAUCCCCACAAGAAGUGCCUGACCGGCUCCUACUACAGUCAUUUCGUCUGCCAGUGCUUGCCCAACUUUAUGAGGUCAAGCGAAAAGGAAUUUACAUAGUAAGAUGGCCAGCUGUUGUGAGCCCUACACCAUGAAUGGAGAGGAUUAGACACUUUGUGGAGACUCAGUCAAGAGACAUUCUUCACCGCCUUGACAGACUCAAGCCAGUGAACGCCAUUACGGGAUGUGCAAGAAUCCUACCAAGGGAGUUUGCCUGAGCAAAUGGGAGCACUGAACUGGACUGAAUUGAAAUAUACUGAAUUGUUACGUAAACAGCCAUGGAGCAAAAACUUCCCCAAGCUGCUCAUUCUGAAAUGUAUUUAUCAACUGGUACCCUUUGUUGAACUUGAAGGAACUGAAUUUAUGAAUGCUGCUGUUUCCAUAUGUAAAGAAAGAAAUUAACCGAACUUUAUUGCAUUAGCAAAAACAUUAUUUAUUGAUGGGGAGUCCUUUCAGGUGGUUUCAUAACCAACAGUCUUGCAUCUUGUUUGUAAUCUGUGGCCAGUGGGGAAGAGGGCUGAAGCAUAUUAUGUCUAUAAAUUAUAAGAUGUUGAUAAAUGUUCAGUGAGCUGGUGACAUAACAGAUAAAUCAUAACCACUACAGUAAACACUACUCCAGCGAAUGAAACAUGCUUGUGUGUAAUGAGGACUUGUUUUAAAUGAACAUUUAUCACGUGUAUUUAAUUUAAUUAAGGCGGAGAACCAAACAAUCAGUGUGGGCUGUAACAGGAUAUGAUUCACAUUAACGUCAAGAGCGCAUAAGACAGACAGCGUAUUAUUAGUUUAGCAUCAGCUGUUUUCUGGGCUGUGGGCAGAGCCAGCCCAGUCUGCACAGCAGCAGACCCUCACUGGAUGGCAUUGUGUUGAUGUCAUUAGAGAGCAACCGCCCAGGCAGAGUGUUUGAAGAGGAGAAAGCCAUGGGAAAAUUCAAUAACAUCGCGCCAUAAUGCGCUCAAAAUGUGCUCUGGUCAGGCCUGGGUGUAACUCCAAAUGUGUCCCUGAUUGAUGUGUUGCUGUGGAGAUGGGCUCGUCUGUGGAGCGCCGGCGGUCAUGAUUGGGUUUGUUUGGCCCUCUGCUCCUCCAGCUUUUCCUCUCAAAGGGUGUAUCUGGUCAUGGGAAAAGGUAGAGAGCAGGCGAACAGCAGGUCGGCAUGUGUAUGGGAAAGCAGACGUGCGGAGCUGCUGCUGUGCCAUAAGGCGCGCACUGUGUUCUCAGAGCAGUGUUGAAUCGCUGAGGCACUGGGGGAAGGAAACACACCCUCCCUCUGUGAGGAACGCGUCUUCGAAUUGUGUCUCAGAUUCCUCAUUCGGAACAUAUGUGUUCUAGAUAAUACACAAAAUUUAUUGAGGUCAAUUGAAGGGAGAGGUGAAACCUUUGCUUGCUUUGGUUUUGGCUGUGACCACUAUCAAAAGGUUGGUGUGUACAGUAUAGCUUUCCACUGUACUCCAAAAGAAUCGACACGGUUGUGUAUUCGUCUACAUUUUACAUGUAAUAUCUCAACAUAAAAAAGGACUGAUUUUUUUAUGUGUAAUAAAUUAAGCUUACCUUUUUAUCAACAACAUCUUUUUCUUUUCAGAUAAUUUCUACAGAUGCACAGAUUUAUUUUUGUAAUACCUGAACCUAAAUAAACAGAUUAAUAUUUAA